UAUAUACUUGAGCUUGUUACCGCUCUGCAUACUAACAGACAGUUAGUUAUUGGCGGCGAUUCAUUACUACUGGUCUAUUUUUAUCACCAGGCAUUCAGGGUUUAAGGUUCAAGAACUAACUACUAACGGUAGCCCAUGUUAGCUAGCGCUAGCAUGCUAACCACGAGAGCAAAAUAAGAGUAAUGUUAUUAUGCUUACAGUACUGACGGACAGAGAAAGAGUAAAUGCAUGUGUAAGCAUAUGUAUGUUUGUGUAAAUGUAGCUGAGUGUGUUUGUAUUUUGGAAUUAAUUCAAUCUAUUUAAAAAAUAGAGAAGCUUGUUAUUCUUGGUGAUGUUAUCAGUGGUUUCUUGGUCUCUUGGAAGCUAAGCAGCGCCUCUCUGGGUUGCAAUGCUGGUGAACGUGAGUCAGUGUGUGUGGGGAAAGAUGGUGUUGCAGUCCUGACAGCAGAGCCAAUGUCAAGUGAGAGAACCCGAUGAACCAUGAUCACCACAGAGGCCGCCAGAGAGUUCCAGGCCAAAGAGCGCAAGUACAAAGAGCAGCUGAAGAGAUGUUUAUCAUCUGCCUUAUCUGCAGACCUGGACAGGUUGCUGCAGGAGGAGCUGGAGGCUGAUGUUUCUCUGUCUGCUGGCUCAGGCUCGCUCCAAGCACACAGAGCCGUAUUGUUGGCCAGAGCUCCUCAUGUACUUCAGGGACAGAUGCACAAAGAUCCCACCGCCAUCUAUCUGUCUGGCUUUGAGCUGUCCGGGUUGAAAGAUUUCCUCAGGCGAGUGUACACAGCAGACCAGAGCAUGCGCUCGCCUGAAAUAAUCCCAGACGUGGAGGGUUUAGUGCCAGAUAGUGCUCCGCCUGUUCCUGACCCGGUAGACCUUCAUAGUUCCACUGACUCAGACGCUGUUCUUCAGCCAGCCUCUGGCCUCGGAGCUGACUUGCUGGAUCUGUACCAGAGGGGAGAGCAGUGUGACAUCACCAUCCAAGUAGCAGAGCAGGUGUUCGCCUGCCACAGGGCAGUCCUGUGUGCGCGGUCUCAGUACUUCAGAGCCAUGCUGAGCGGGAGCUGGAUGGAGAGCUCCAGACAGUGCAUCACUCUGCAAGGUUUAGGACCAGACGAGAUGGAGAUCCUGCUCCAGUUCAUGUAUGGGGCAAUUGUGGAUCUGCCACCUGGAACCAGUGCCAGUCAGGUGGUGUUGGCGGCAGACAUGUUGGGUUUAGAGGGUCUGAAAGAUGUGGUGGAGAUGGUUCUGACCCGAGACUACUGCCGCUUCUUCCCCAAGCCGAUUGACGGGGUUCAGAGAACAGUUCUGGAGUGUCUGUCCCUCACGCACGCCUUAGGCCUCCACAACCUCCACAUGCUGUGUAAGGGGUGGGUUGCUGAACAUUUUGUGAAGACCUGGUGUGAGAGAAACUUUUCCCUCUUGUCCCCUGAGCUCCACAUGGCCUGUCUAACAGCUGUAACUGACACCAUGACUGUGCAGAACGCAGUAACCAUGCUCUGUGGCACUGAGCAGCUGAUUGGCAGUCUCCCAGAAGUCAAGUGGGCCCAGCAGGUGAGGGGUCUUGCCACGGAGCUGCAGGAGAGCAGCCUGCAUGUCAUUGUCCAGCAUCUCCCCGAAGUCAUCCUCACUCAGGCCUUCCAGGACCUUCGCAGGAGGGAAGAGUUUACCCGCGAGCCCACGUUGUUGAAGAAGCUGUGUUCAGCCAUCAGAGAAGGUGCGACUGUGGACAACUGCUGUGAUCUGUUCGCUGCUGUGUACUACCUAUGUGGAGAUGACGUGGAAGAGGACUCCCUCCUCAGACAGGGAGGGCAAAAACAAGAGGAGCGCACCCCUCUCCAUUCUUCUCUCUCUCCUCUGUGUUACCGCCAGCCGUUCAGGCAAGAGAUUUGUACGCUGCACGGUCGCCUGUGGACCUUCCUGCUUCAGACCUUUUACGCGGUACGCCACACGCAGGGAUGGGAGACCCUUUCUUCCAAACACAGAGAGAGGAUACUGGCAGAUGCUAUUGAUAAAGGGGACAAUCGGAGACUUGGUAAAAAGCCUGUAUUCACUAGCUCACAGUCAAGGGCUGUAAAAUGCCCUUCAUCUUCACCUGAGAGUCCUCCUGUGCACAGGACGCAGAGGGUGUCCGCAAACGCAAGUUCUUCCUCCCGUAGUGCUGCGUCAGCCAUGAAGUCUGAUGGACUGGGGACAGCUAGCAAACCAGCAGAUGAUCCCACAUCCAAGGCAAAUAAUGUGAAGAAGCCAGGGGACCGGAGUGUACCAGCAAAAGCAAAGACGGCAUCAGCUGGCACGCCAGUCGUUAAUGGCACAGGAGCUGCAGGGGCCAGGCGGGAUGUAGCCAAUGGCCCCAGAAGCUCUCAUAGGGCGAGAGAGCAAGAAAAGAAGAUAAACCCAGGUGCACGGCCUAAAACAUCUCCCCCUAGCUGCACAUCUACAAGCCAGCCAGGUGUAACGAAAGCUCAGAAGAGCUCGACAGGAAAGUCUGACAGCACUGUUGGCACCACACAAGCUCAGCUGAGCGCUUCAACCACAUCAGGCAGCGCCUCGCCAGAGAACGGCGCCAGCAGCCCUCGCAACGACACCCACUCCAUCCCAGGUGCAAAGCCCAAACACCAAGCUAAGGCGGGGAUGAAACCCACACUGACAAAACCUCCUCAGAAAUCAGAUAUAACGAAGAUCAGCAGUCCUACCAAUAAGUCAAGUGUGAGAGAAAGUGGCAAAGUCAAGACUGGUGCGGCAGAAAAAGCUUCUACCGGAGGGACCACAGCAAGAGCAGACACCAAGGGAAGAGGAACACCAGAGCACCAUGUCUCUAAGCAUGGAUCCAAAAAGCCAGCUUCCCCCAGGAAAGAAGAAGGUAAGGAUGGGUUGAAAUCCUCAGCCGCAGACAAAGCAGCCAGUGAAGCUCACAAAAAGAAGAUCACGAAACCCGUUUCGGCGACUGGAGCCUCAGCUAGAUCCAGUGCUAAACCACCAAAAGCCUCUUCGGCCACCUCCAAGCAAUCUCCAGUAGCGGCUGCCAAGUCUGGACCAAAGCCUAAAACUACUACUGAAUUAUCUAUGGAGAAAGCUUCUCCGAAAUCUGGCGGAACUUCAAAAACCUCAGCUGCCGCCAAGAAAUCAGGAUCUAAAGGAAAAGAGACAGUGAAUGGUAAAAAUUCAGACUGUAAAACUGAGCUUGCUUCAGCUGAAAACACUGGUGAUGUUGCAGUGCAUAAAGAUAGUAUGGAGGCAGCGCUCUCCGACCAGCCUGCAGCACAGCCAACCAGCCAGGACGGAGGGGAUCCACUUCGCCUUCAACUACAAUCUGAGCAGCUUCUGCAGAACACUGAGAUACCGUCAGACGACCCUAACAGUGCACAAGCAGCUAACAAAACCCCUUAUGUCAAAUCUGCUAAGGCGGACACUUGCAAACAGACUGAAGGGAGUAAAGUGAAACCGUCUCCAAGCGGCGUCAUCCCUGCUCACAUCAGCAGAGGGCAAGUCCAAAAGAUAAGCUCCCCAAAUUCUCCGAGAGACACCGAACGUCCCGUAGACACGCCCUGCAGCAUGGGAAGCGCUGACGCUCCCUUAGAGGACUCUUGGAGCGCCGUCCACCAUCAGGUCAGCCCCGAGUCUGAGACCUGCAGCACACACACCACUUCCUCUGACGACAUCAAGCCCCGCUCAGAGGACUACGACGCAGGGGGCUCGCAAGACGACGACUGCUCCAACGACAGAGGCGUUUCCAAGUGCGGCACCAUGCGCUGUCAUGACUUCUUAGGUCGCAGCAGCAGUGACACGAGCACCCCGGAGGAGUUAAAGAUGUACGAAGGCGGGGCAGGGCUGAGAGUUGAGGUGCGGCUGCGUGGGCGAGAAGCGGAGACCACCAGCGAGGAGGAGGGAGUAAGACCACGUCCUCGUUCCUGGUUACACAGAGACGAGCUCCAUGUAGAGGAGGAGCACUCAGAGAUUGAGGCCACUGUGAAUGUAAAAAGCGUCCCUGACCACCAGCUCUUCUCCUCUGAGGAGGAAGACGAAGACGAAGAGGCAACAGAAGAUGAGAGGUCUGAGGUUGAGGUGAUUCCAGGUCAAGCUCCACUGCCGCCAACUGAACUCUCGCCAAACUUUCAGGGGAUCGUCAACCUAGCUUUCGAUGAUGACGGCGUGGACCCCGAGAACGACCAGACGGACUACCAGUCGACUGCUAACUUUCGUCGCUCAGUGUUGCUCUCCGUUGACGAGUGUGAGGAGUUGGGCUCAGAAGAGGGCGGCGUCCAAACUCCGCCUCAACAGCCCAAUGACGCUGCGACUCCCUGUGAUGUUUUUGAGUCUGACUCAACAGCUCCUCAGACCAAUUGUGCCCCUUCCAGCGAGCAACAGGACCACCUGCCGUGCCAUGUUGAAAGUGCAGGAAUGACGCACAAAAAACACGACGAGGAACUGGAUGAAAAGUCUUCUGUAUUCCUUACAGAGAUCCAGGAGACUAACGGAGUGAUGCCCGGAGGCCCUCUCCUGGAUGCUGACACGAGAGACCUCCCUCCCCAGGAGCGCCCAUGCCACCUGGAUCUCCGGCACACUGAACAAUACAACAGAGGGCUGCGCAAAAAUCACACCAACCCCUCAGAAAGCAAGAAAGCUGAUUUACAUCUAAACUUAAAUGAGCCUCAGCUGACAGGGGACUCUCCUGUACAUGCUGCACAAUCUCCAGCAGGGGACAAUGGUUGUGACAGAUUGGAUCAAACCUGCAAACAUGACCGCCGACCAUCCAAAGCCCUCUCUCCCAUUUACGAGAUGGAUGUGGGAGAAGCCUUCGAGCACUGCUCGGACAAGGACAGGAAUGUUAAACUAAAGGCAGAGGAAGAAAAGCAAAGAGGGGACGAUGACAAAAGCAAUGAGUUUGCAGAGCGGGACUGGAGCAUGCUCAGGCAGCUCCUCUCGGAUCACGAGUCCAACCUGGGCGUCAUAAACCCUGUGCCUGAGGAGCUCAACCUGGCCCAGUACCUUAUCAAGCAGACACUGUCCCUGUCACGUGACUGCCUGGACUCGCAGGGCUUCCUGUCCCCAGAGAAGGAGACCUUCAAACGCUGGGCGGAGCUCAUCUCGCCCAUAGAGGACUCCUCCACCAGCAUCACAGUAACAAGCUUCUCCCCAGAAGACGCUGCAUCUCCACAGGGGGAGUGGACCAUUGUGGAACUGGAAACGCAUCACUGACUGCACACACAGAGGAGGGCCUGCCGGACAGUUGACACCUUCUCUGUGAACUUUGAACGUCUUCACAUCAACUUUGUCUUAAUUUAUUAUUAUUUACAAUCAUAUGCUGUCCCUCUCUUUUUUGUCUUUUUUUCUGGACUCUGCAGAAAUGUUGCAUUCCCCAUAAUGCCCUCGGUGGACUGUUUCUUGACACAAAUGGGCUGUUAUGCAUGCUGAUAUUUUUUGUAUGUCUGACUGUUUUAUUGAUGUUGCUUCGAAGCUCUAGAAAAUAAUAGAGUAAGGAAAAAAAUAAUUUAUUUCUCAUGGCAGUCUUCUGAUAAUAUGGUUGACUGGAAUUUCUUAAAGAAAAAAUAGUAUUGGCCUGCUGGCUUGCAUUUAGUGUCAAAUUGAAAAUAAAGUUUUGUGUUUAUUGAAAAAAAUAAAGUGUUCCUCACUGUCAA